CAAAAGACGUUUUGGCGGGAGUUGAGCACUCGACCUCCAAAUUUCCAAUUUCAAAAGCCUCCGCAAACCCCAGAAACCUCAAAUGCAUUCCGAUCUCUGAAUCUCAGACAAAUUAGAGGGUGAGAGAGAGAGAAAUGGCUCGGGAGGAAGCGCAGCUGAGCGCGGCCAAGAAGUCGUAUCGAAACGCUAAGGCUACGGGGAACCACGAGGAGGAGGCUCGGUGGGCGAAUGUGAUCGGUGACAUGUUGAAGAAGAGAGGGGAGUACGUGGAGGCCCUCAAGUGGCUGCGCAUCGACUACGACGUCUCCGUUAAGUACUUGCCCGAAAAACAUUGCCUUCCCACUUGUCAGUCACUCGGUGAGCUCUAUCUUCGCCUUGAGUUUUACAAAGAUGCUCUUCUGUAUCAGAAAAAACAUUUAGAGCUUGCGGAGGAUGCCAAUAAUCUCAUUGAGCAGCAAAGGGCCAAUACACAACUAGGUCGUACCUACCAUGAAAUGUUUUUAAGGUCUGACGAUGACCAUUAUUCGGUUCAGAAUGCCAAAAAGUAUUUCAAGUCCGCUAUGAAGCUUGCUCAGAUUAUCAAGGAGAAUCCACCUACUAAGAAUUGUUCUUUCCUCAAGGAAUAUAUUGAUGCGCAUAACAAUAUAGGAAUGCUUGAGUUUGACCUUGAUAAUCCAGAAGAGGCUCGAAAAAUCUUAACUAAAGGAUUGGAGAUUUGCGACGAAGAAGAGGUAAUGGCAGGCGAUGAUGGGCGCAGCAGGCUCCAUCACAACCUUGGAAAUGUUUACAUGGAGCUAAGGAUGUGGGAUAAUGCUCGGGAACACAUUGAGAAGGACAUUAUGAUAUGUAAAAGAAUUGGCCAUUGCCAAGGGGAGGCAAAGGGGUACAUCAAUCUUGGUGAAUUGCAUUACCGUAUUCAGAAGUAUGAGGAAGCACUCCUUUGCUACCAAAAAGCACGUGAACUGGCAAAAUCAAUGGAAGAUGAGGAUGCUUUACUCAGGCAGAUUGAUCAAAAUAUUGAAAUUGUAAACGAAGCCAUUAAAGUAAUGGAUGGGCUGAAGAAAGAAGAGCAGAAUCUCAAAAAGCUAACAAGAGACAUGGCCAUUACAAGAGGCACACCGCGUGAGAGGAAGUGUCUGCUGCAGCAAAAUGCUUCUCUUGAUUGCCUCAUAGAGAAAUCAAGGACGAUCUUUGCCUGGCUUAAGCUCCUUGAAUUUGCGAAAAGGAAGAAGAUAAUAGCGAGUGAGCUUUGUGACCAAGAAAAGCUGAGUGAUUCUCUUUUGGUUAUUGGAGAAUCAUACCAGAAGCUAAGAAAGUUCAAGAAAGCCCUUAAGUGGUACAUGAAGAGUUGGGAAAUAUACAAGUCAAUUGGUAAUUUGGAGGGGCAAGCGUUAACAAAAAUUAAUGUAGGUGAUGUUUUGGACAGUGAUAAUAAUUGGGAAGGAGCACUAGAUGCAUUUGAAGAGAGCUACAGGCUUGCGGUUGAGGCGAACCUUCCUUCUGUACAGCUUAUGGCACUAGAGAAUAUGCACUACAGCCACAUGAUAAGAUUUGACAAUGUUGAAGAGGCCAGGAGAUUGCAGCUUCGAAUCGACAAAUUGAAGCAAUCAAAAUAUAAAGAUCUUCAAACAGAAAAUGUGGCAGAGGAUCACUGCUCGGAAUCUGAUACAGAAGGGAGUGGUCAUCUGUCAGAUAAUAUGUGCAAUGCAUGCGGUUCAUCAGAGAUAAGAAAAUGUAAUUCUAGCAAAUCACAAUCUUUAGCCAGUGUGGAAGAGUUAAACGAUGAGGAACCUAUAAUUUCUCUUAUCUCUUCGACCAAAGCUUCACCCAAGGUGAAAUCCGCUCAUUUAGGAAAACAAAAUAUUACAACUGAGACAAAUGUUUCACAAAAAAGUUUGUCUGAACUGAACACUAAUGAGCAGACAGUCAUUGGCCGUAAACGUGUUCGUUUAGUCCUUUCUGAUGAUGAAGAUGAAAUGUAUGAUGAGGUACAAUGCUCAAAAAGCUGGUCUAAGAAACUCCCAUUAGAAGAUGUUGCUACAUCUGAUGAACUGAAGAGUAAAAGAAAUACAGCCAGCCCUGCUCGUAAAUUUCAGGAUGUCUCAGCCUAUACCUCAAAUCAUAUCACAAGGUCUUGCAAUCCUGUUAAUAUUGAACAAAGCUCUAGUUCAUGCAAAUCCAGGACUCUUAAUGUGGUCACUCAAAAUGGCAGAGGUUUUAGAGCUUCAAGCUCCGAAGGUUCCAUUGCUGCUAGUGGCUCUAAAUGUGAUAUCGGUGUCCCUGAAAAUCUAGUUAAUAAGAAUCACGGUGCCCAUCUUAUUUUUCUUACCUCUGAUGAUGAAAACAAUCAAUGCAUUACAGUCAAGAUUGACAAAGACCUAAUACAUUUGGAUAAUGGCUCAUUUAUGGAUUCUGAUAAGUUAAGCAUUGAGUCUGUCAAGGUUGAACUGGCGUGCUUAUACUACUUGCGACUUCCAAUGGAAAGAAGAUCAGAAGGGCUACUUCCAAUAAUACAGAAUAUAAAAUGUGGUGAAAGUGUCAUACAAUCUGUGGAAACAUUUCAAAAUCUUAAGCAGGAUAUGGGGAAAGUCUUGGUUGAAGCUUUCAUUGAUGGAUGGGUCCAAAAGCGCUUGAUAAAACUGUACACCGAUUGCUGCUACAAGUUAUCUGAGACACCCAAUAUGAAAUUGCUUAAGAAACUGUAUGAUCUGGAGUUUUCAGAUGAUGAAGUUACUGUGUCUGAAUGUGAACUGCAAGAUUUAUCAAUAGCUCCAUUGUUGAAUGCCCUGUAUGCCCACAAAACAUUUGCAAUGCUGGACCUUUCUCACAAUUUGUUAGGAAAUGGUACAAUGGAGAAACUGCAGCAUGUUCUCACUUCAUCAGGCCAAAAUUAUGGUGGGUUAACGUUGGAUUUGCACAGCAACCUAUUUGGUCCAACUUCUUUGUUUCAGAUUUGUGAAUGCCCUUUGCUAUUUUCUCGAUUGGAAGUGCUCAAUAUCUCUGGAAACCGUCUCACUGAUGCAUGUGCCUCUUACCUUUCAACUAUCUUGGAAAAUUGCAAGGCUCUUUGCAGCUUGAGUAUAGAGCGGUGUUCUAUAACAUCUAGAACAAUUCAGAAGGUUUCUGAUGCAUUGAAUGCUUCUUCUGUGCUCGAGCAACUUUGUAUAGGACAUAACAACCCAAUUUCUGGAAGUACCAUCGCUGAUUUACUUUCCAAGCUUGGCACUCUGAAAAGAUUUUCAAAAUUAAAUCUGAAUGGUUUGAAGCUAAGCAAGUCUGUAGUUGAUAGCCUUUGCCAGCUUGCUGCAACCUUGCCCUUCUCAGUAUUAAGUCUUGGGGAAACUGGUAUUGGAAUUGAUGGGGCGUUAAGAUUAACUGAGUCAUUGUUCAAUGGAACUGCAGAGUUUCUAAAACUUGACUUAUCAUAUUGUGGUGUGACAUCUAAUUAUGUUCUCAAACUAAGCACUGUUUCUUCUAUGAUUUGUGGCAUUCUUGAGCUGAACCUUUCCGGAAAUCCUAUUAUGCAGGAGGGUAGCCUUGCAUUAUCAUCAAUGCUUUUGAAUUCUCAAUGUUGUCUGAAAACUUUGGUCCUUCAAAAGUGCCAGCUUGGGACUGCUGGAGUUCUUCGAAUAAUGCAGGCAUUAUCAGGUAAUGGUUUUCUCGAAGAGUUGAAUCUAGCUGAUAAUGCCAAUCAUAGACAGAACUCUGCUCAACCGGGGUCAUGCAAUGCGAACACCAACUUAGAUGGGCUUGAAGUUGCUGAUAGUGAAGAUGAUGAAGUAAAAGCUGCUGCAUCUGGACUUGACAACAACCACACAAGACCAUGCCAAAGAAAUUCCUCAUCUUCUGGAUGUCAGUUUAUUCAAGGGCUUUCAAGUGCCAUUGAUAUGGCAAAGAAUUUACGAUUACUGGACCUUAGCAAUAAUGGUUUCUCCACACAAGACGCAGAUAUACUGUAUUCUUCAUGGUCAGGAUCAAGAUUUGGUUCAGCUCAGAGGCAUAUAAAGGACCAGAUCAUCCAUUUAUUUGUGGAGGGAAUAAAGUGUUGCGUGAAACCCUGCUGCAGAAAGGACUAGUUUUCUUGCUGCUACAUCUUCAUUGAGGGAUUUGCAGGGAGGAUUUGA